GCCACAGACGCUUGACGAUAACGAGCGAAGAGGAAAGACUGGCAACCAACAACCGACGGACAAAUGCUGGAUGAGCGACCGACGGUGGCGGAGGCCAUCUUGAGGACAUCCAGCAGCGUGGACAGUGUUUUGGGACUGUGUGUGUGAAUGGCAGAGUUAAGGACAGCCAAUGAAAAGAAGGACCCAUCCCUUUAUAAGCACGGUCUUGAUGAAGAGUCAUUCUGCCAAACCUAGUAUACAGUUGAAAAAAAACAACAUGCAUCUCAAAGUAGUGAUCUUCGCCUUGUCAUUUUUGACAACCAAAGCAUACCCACUCCACCGUACCAGCAGAGAAACAUCACAGGCACUACAGGACAUAAUGACCAAUCAGGCUCAUGAGAAGACAGAUCUCAACAAGGAUGUCAACGGGAUGUGGAAGAGCCAUGUGGAGAACAGCAACCUGUAUUCCCACGACAACCCCAACCCCAUGGUGAGCGAGAUCAGGCACAAGCUUACCCUGGAGUCCGAGAGGCUGCGCACCCGCCUUCGCCAGGAGCUCACUAAGCUGAGGGAGAGUCUCGCCCUGUACCCUGCCCACCCCCAGUCCAGCGAGUCCACCCUGGCCAGCAUGAGAGAUCGCCUAGGCCCCCUGAUCAAGCAGCUCCAGAGCGCCUUGGACGGCAACAGCCAGGAGCUGUGUAGCCACCUCAGGCUCUACUUUCAGGGAUUGGAGGCCAUGGAAAGCCAGGCGGCGGCCAGACCCACCCUAUACCUGGAGGCUGUGCAGUGGAUCAGCCAGACCUUGGACGACAGCAGUGCCGAAAUGACCUUCCUCAUCCAGGACUUCAAAACCAAGAUGUCCAGCAUGAUCAGGGAGCUCAUUGGUACCAUUCAGGGGGACUUCUGGCAGGAGGUGAAUGUCCGGCUGGGACAGGAGGUGCAGGCGUUGAGUCUGGAAGUCCAGGGCAGGGUGGGGGUGCUGAAAGCAAAUCUGGCCCGUCUCCUGCUGGCUCCGCAGCCCCUCAAGGCAGUGGUGUCCACCAGUAUGGAGCAGUUCUGCCAGAGUGUCGCCUUACAGGACCAGUUGUUCCAUGCCCGAAUUGAAAAGCACCUUCUGGGGCAGGAGUCACAGGCUCAGAGCCCCAGCGAGCCGCUCUCUCUACAACCUCUGGGUUUAUUGGAGGAGGACUUCUCUGCGAAACUAAGUGCUCUCCUCCAGGACAUUCUUCACAAUGUCCAGUAAAAGCAGAACAGAACUUUCCACAUAGCAGAAUGAGAGAGAGAGACAGCGAGAGAGAGAGAGAGAGAGAGAGAACAUUGUGUCCCAUUAUAGGGAACAUUUAAGCUAUAUCAUUGUUUCUGCUCCUCGUGCUUAUAUAUAUAUAUCAACUCCUCUACCAUUGUAUAUAGAGUACAGUAAGUAAUCCAUGUAUAUGUAUGAUGUUUUCAUUGUUGUGUUUAUUUCAUGUGGAUGAUUGUUGUAAAGGCAUUUUAUGUCAACUGUAAAUAAAGCUUGUGUGAAGUUUA